AUGUCCAACUCGCGCAGGAUGCCGUACUUCUACAACGUCCAGAGCGGCGACUCGGUCUGGGAUCCCCCCACAGAGCUCACGCAGGAGCAGGGCUCCGGCGGACGGCCCGCCCAGGUGCGCGCGAGCCAUCUGCUCGUGAAGCACCGCGGAAGCCGGCGGCCGAGUAGCUGGAAGGAGCAAAACAUCACGCGCUCGAAGGAGGAGGCGAUCGAGAUAUUGCGCGGGUACGAGGCGGAGAUCGACGGCUCGCCAGAGAGGUUCGGGGAGCUCGCGCGCCAGCACUCGGACUGCUCGUCCCACGCGAAGGACGGGGACCUGGGCUCCUUUGGACCGGGACAAAUGCAGAAGCCGUUCGAGGACGCGACCUAUGCCUUGAACGUUGGCCAGAUCAGCGACAUUGUCGACACCGACAGCGGCGUUCACCUCAUCCUCAGGACCGCGUGA